AUGGAAUGCGUGGCGAGCUUGACAGACAACGAGAGCAAGGAGAGCAUUCGGUACUUCCUGAGUCGUCGCACGGUGUUGGAGAUGCUCGGAGACAGAGGCUACGAAGUCGUUCAGCACACCAACCUCACUCCUUCGCUCGCUGAAUUCCGCUCCCGUUUCGGCCAAAAACCGAACCCUCAAACCCUUGGUUUCUGCGUUUCGCAUCUCUCCAACUCCUCCAACACCGUUCAGGUUGCGUUUGCAGGAACGGAGAACAUAAAAAAGGUAACAGUGAUGAAUAUAUGCAGCCAGAUCGUGGAUAGAAGAAGCUUGAAAUCGCUCAUACUCAUUGUGGAGAGUCAAAUGACUUCCUUCGCAAAGAAAGAAUUGAACCACUUGCCAUUCAAAGUUGAGAUGAUCAGGAUUGAGGAUUUGUUUGUGAACAUUACAAAGCAUGUGCUGCAACCAAAGUAUGAGAUACUGAGUGACGAGGAGAAGAAAGCGUUGCUCACAAAGUAUAAAUUGGACGAGAAGCAGCUUCCUUAUAUGUUAAAAACUGAUGUUAUAGCUCGGUAUUAUGCUUGGGAGAAAGGAGAAGUGGUUAAAAUCACUCAUACUGGUCCAAUGGUUGAUUCUCAUGUCACUUACCGGUACGUGGUGUAG